AUGCGAGAUGCAAUAAGGGAAAGAACAUAUUCGUUUUGGGAUAUAAGAAUGCCUCUUGUUGUUCUGGUCACUUUGAUCAGUUAUGCAACGGAGGAUUUGAGCUUAAGUGAUCACAAUCAGUUUCCUUCAUUUCUCCGAACUAUUCCAAGCAAUAAAAAUGUACUUGAUGGAAUGGUUCAGCUACUGCUUCAUUUCCAGUGGAAAUGGGUUGGAGUUCUAGUUCCUGACGAUUCUUUUCAGCAGAAGUUUAGCCUGGUUAUUAGGAAAAAGUUAGAAGAUUCAGGUAUUUGUAUUGGAUUAUUCCAGUUUCUUGGUGUUAAAUUGAGUAACCAGGUAUAUUUAACAUAUUUAACAAAUAUGAUCAAAAUGUCACCUUCCAAGGUAUUCAUUGUUUUAUAUUCUCCUGGACUAGUGGAACUUCUUCAGAAUCUAGUCAUGGAAAAUGUAACUGGUAUAACAUGGAUUGGACUGGACUGGUGGCCUCAAUCCUCACUUUUUGUUUUGGAGGUGAAAUUUCAUGCUCUGUUACAUGGAACACUUUGGUUUGCAAUGGCAACAAAGACUUUAUCUGGAUUUAAGGACUUCCUGUACAAUAUUCAUCCAUCAAAGAAUGCUAAUGAUAUAUUUGCUGGAAUGUUUUGGGAAACUGUGUUUGGAUGUUUAUGGCCUGACCUUAAUGGCUCUCAUGUACUGCUGAUGGAUGAAACAGUUUUUUGUAAUGGGGAGGAGAAUUUAAGAAACCUUAAUAACAACAUCCUUCGAUUCUUCACUGACAUGCCAACAUUACUAAUGUACUCAACAUAUAAUGCUGUGUGGGCAGUUAUACAUGCACUGCAAGAAAUGCAGGCAUGCAAAAAUGGAGCAGGACCAUUCAUAAAUGGAUCAUGUGCACAGUUUCCAAAUUUGCAUCCCUGGCAGUUCUUUCAUUAUGUGUGCAAAGCUAAUUUUACAACACCAGCAAAUGAUAAUAUAUUUUUUGAUGAAGAUGGAUUCACACCGAUGGCAUACAAUGUUUUCAACUUCCAAAACAUAAAAACUGGAUAUGUUGCAACUUCAGUUGUUGGUAUCUAUGAUCCAAGACUACCUGCUAGUAAAAGAAUGAAUAUUGCAACAAAGAAUAUAAUGUGGAACAAUGGUUAUACACAGCCUCCCAGAUCAGUCUGCAGUGAAAGCUGCCUCCCAGGGUUUAGAAAAUCUGCCCAGAAUGGGAAACCUGAAUGCUGUUAUGACUGUGUACCAUGUUCUGAAGGAGAAAUAUCCAACCAGAGUGAUUCCAAUAUCUGCCUGGUAUGUCUUCCAGAAGAUUGGCCCAAUGAAAGACGGGAUAAGUGUGUUAGAAGAUCAACAGAGUUCCUUGCUUACAGUGAUAUCCUUGGUGCUGCAUUAACCUCAGUUAUUACUAUUUGUUCAGUGUUGACAGCUGUCAUCUUUGCUGUAUUUGUUAAAUUUUCUGGAAGUGUUAUUGUUAAGGCCAACAACAGAAACAUCAGCUACUUACUUCUCUUUGCCCUUCUAAUUUGUUUCCUCUGCUCUUUGAUCUUUAUUGGAUACCCUGACAAACACACUUGUAAAUUUCGUCAAAUUGUGUUUGGUGUAGCCUUUGUGCUUUCUGUUUCUUGUGUACUGGCAAAAACCAUUAUGGUUGUUGUAGCUUUCAAUGCAACAAAGCCAAACAGUAACUUGCAAAGGUGGAUGGUGCCACAGCUUCCAUAUGCAAUUGUAUCAUUGUGCACAUUUGCACAGUUUAUUCUCUGUGCUACGUGGAUAAUAUGCUCACCCCCAUUCCCAGAGCAGAACUUUAAAUUCCAGGCAGGGAUAAUAGUUUUUGAAUGCAAUGAAGGUUCAGUCAUUGCAUUUUGGUUUAUGCUUGGAUUUAUGGCCCUACUAGCUGGUGUCUGUUUUAUAAUAGCAUUUUUGUCACGAAACCUACCAGAUAGCUUUAAUGAGGCCAAGUUCAUUGCAUUCAGUAUGAUUGUAUUUGUUAGUGUCUGGCUGGCCUUCAUCCCAGCCUACCUCAGUACUAAGGGCAAAUAUACAGUGGCUGUAGAAAUAUUUGCUAUUCUUGCUUCUAGUGCAGGUUUGCUUCUUUGUAUAUACUUCCCAAAAUGUUACAUUAUUUUACUGAGGCCAGAUAUGAAUACAAAAGAAUAUAUAAUGGGCAGAGGUCAAAGGAAAAUGUAAUAAAGUUACAAAAGUACACGAUCAUAUGCAAGUUUCAGUUACACAUCAGCUUAAAAUUAUGAUAGCUAUAAAUCAGGUAGUCCUCUUUCCUCCUGCCUUUAAUAAAUAAUGCUCUUUCUCUAA